AUGAUUGUUUUAAGAAAUUUGAAUAGUAUUGAUUAUGUUUAUUUAGGAGAUAGUGAUGUUCUUGUAGCAAGGGAUCGUUUAAAAGGUGCUCUUCGAGAAUUAUUGCAACAUAGUGAUACAGGUUCAUCAGCGGAUUCAGGCGAAGAAAAUUCACAAGAUAAAAAUCUAAUAAAAAAGAUGGCAAGACCUAUUAGCUUCCAACAACCAACACGAAAAAUCAGACGUCGUCGACAAAUACAGGCUGAUGUUGCAUUUCAUCAUACAUACGUGAUGAAACUUUUUGAUCGAAGUGUUGAUUUAGCUCAAUUUCAAGAAGAUACACCACUUUAUCCGAUAUGUCGCGCUUGGAUGGCUAAUCAGCCAAGGAAUCCUAAUUUGGUUCCCAAAAUACGCAGCCCAAGUCCAGAAGUAGUUAAUGAUAUUAAUAUAGCAGAUAAUUUAAUUGGAGCUAAUGGAGAAAUAAAUGAUGUCUAUUAUUUACCACCUCCUUUACCUCGCGAGGAAGCCAUACCAAGAAAUCGUAUUCCAUCCCCUGUACCUCAAGAAAAGGAUGAUCUGAACUUAGAUUAUGAGGGACAAGUUCUUAAAUCACGAGAGCAAUUAAUAAAGGAUCAUAGUGUACGGUGGAAUGCCAUUCGCAAAAAAUGGCAUCAGCAAGCGCAUAAGAAUGAACAACGUUAUAUACAAAGUGCUAAUAUACUUGGCACUAUUUUUACAAAAGCACAAUCGGAAUUUGAAUAACAGAGAUGUGGCAGUCUGUUGGCUGCCAAUCUUGCCACCAAUAAUUCCGCUUCUGAUGAUCUUUAUUGUGUCAUUAAAUGGUGAGUGAGUAUACCUAUGCAAGCAGUGAUUAUACUUAUAUAUCUGUUUUAUUUGAAUAAUUUUUUUGCUUAUAAUGCCCAGAAGAAAAUAUUGUAAUCAUAUUUUAAUAACAUUCUGAUUGAAACUUAUUUGAGCUUAAUGCAAAAGAAUAAAUUGCAAUAGGAUGAUUGUAA